AUGAAAGGGAUUCUUCAGUAUGCCGGUGGCCUGCUCGUCUUCCUCCUUGUUGCCCUCGUCAUCCUCAAGAACACUUCCUACAGCAUCACGCUAGACGGUGAUUAUCUGAAGCCUAAGGAGUUUCCGGCUACACCAUCUCAAAGUAAAGUGAGGUCCUGCGGUCUGAAGGUCUGUCCAGCUGGAACCUUCAGCUUCUCCAUCUCCAGCGGAGCGGCCAACGUCGUCGCGCCUAAGAUCUGCAUCCAGAACAGAAUGGUUCUCGGCUCCGUCCAGAACAACGCUGGAGUGGGGCUCAACCUGGUGGUUCUAAACGACGUUCAACCUCUCAUCGAGGUCCUCCAGGGGCUAGAGAAGGGGAACAUCGUCCUGAUGGCCAGCUACGACGAUCCAGCCACCAAGUUAACAGCCGAGGCCAGGAGUUUGAUAGAGGGACUAGGCAGCACUUCGAUCAAGGCGCUGGGGUUCCGGGACACCUGGGUGUUUGUUGGAGGAAAAGGAGAUGUAGCCAAAGGUAGAUUUGAAAAGCACAUGAAGAACAACCAAGAGACAAAUAAGUACGACGGCUGGCCGGAGAUGCUCCAGAUGGAUGGCUGUAUUCCUCUGUUCCAUGAAUAG